AUAACAAGCCGGAAGUUCCAGAGCCAGCCCCGGGAAAGGGGGAGGGGGGAGCAGGAGAAAGACUGGGUAGGAUGGCGGCUCAAAUUCCAAUUGUGGCAGCCACUUCCAUCCCCGGGAUAGCCCGGAACAGCAAGAAAAGGCCAGCUAGCCCUUCCUACAACGGCAGCAGCGGAGGGGGCUACGGAGCCAGUAAAAAGAAAAAGGUAUCCACCUCUGGCUUUGCGCAGGGUGUCAGCAUGGAAGCCGUGAAUGAAAAUAAAAUGGUGUCCUCUGAGUUUAGCACAGGACCAGUGGAAAAAGCUGGAAAACCUUUGCCGUUUAAGGAUCCUAACUUUGUGCACUCUGGCCAUGGUGGUGCAGUAGCUGGCAAGAAGAACAGAACCUGGAAGAACCUGAAACAAAUUCUCGCUGCUGAAAGGGCAUUGCCGUGGCAACUGAAUGAUCCUAACUACUUUAGUAUUGAUGCUCCUCCAUCCUUUAAACCAGCCAAGAAGUAUUCUGAUGUUUCGGGUCUUCUUGCCAACUACACAGACCCCCAGAGCAAGCUGCGGUUCAGUACUAUUGAAGAAUUUUCCUAUAUUAGGAGGCUGCCAUCUGAUGUCAUCACUGGCUACCUGGCUCUAAGGAAGGCCACGAGCAUUGUUCCCUGAGCCUGAGCAGUGGAGAUGAAGUGGGAACUGUUUCAAAGGCAGACUUUGGGCUCAUGAUUUUGUUUCAUGGAAACAAACUCAUUCUGCUGUCAAUCUCAAAAUGUCAAUGCUGUGCCUUGGAAAGAAUGUUUGGCUUUAAUUUAAGGGUUUUUAAAAUUUUUUUAUUUCUCUGUUUUCCCUCCAAGUGUGAUAUUUCCUGUUGAAUGAAAUUAUAUUUCAGUUGUUGCCUCAAGUAAAAUUGUUUGACAAGAAAAUACAAUAAAAUUGUGCUUUUAAUUUAA